AUACCAUCCUGGACCCCCAGAGCCCAGAAGAGGAAAGCCAUCUGCAGAAAAAUACUAUCCAAGUAUCUUCUUGGUUUCCCAUCCCCACCCAAAUCUCCCUCAUCUGUCUCUCUGCCUCGCUUAACUCGAAAUAGUUCAGGAGCUUAGCUUUAUGUACAAUCAUACAAGGAGCAGAGUAACUACCAUGGAAUUCAACUCCGCUCUUCUCCACCUUCCCAACUCUCUCCCCUCUUCCAUUACCUUUUCAGCAACUCUAUUAUCUCCCCCCGUCCACCUCCCCCGCCGCCAUUUAUGCACCCCUGAAGCUUACAUGCUUCUUCCACUGAUGGGCCGUCCCGCAAUGUUUAAUUCCUGCCCGCCUCUCCAUCAUCCUCAUCAUUGUCGUGGUGCUUAUGCCUCCCUCCUUCAACUGGGCUUCUCUGCCAACCCCCAUUUCUCUAUUUCCACACCCUCUUUUCUAUCUUCCCCUAUGGCUUUCGGCUCGGAUGCAAGUAGUGUAGACACUGAUGAUAUGUUCGAUGACUUGUUCAAAAAACAUGGAAAGGUAAUCUAUCGAAGUAGCGAUCACAAGUCUGCUGCAGCAGAGAUAGAUGAUGAUGCUGAAAGCUUGUCCUUUGCUGUUGCUGCAGCAAAAGUAGCAAGCGAGGUCAAGGCUGGUGACAUAAAGGUCCUCUUUGUCAAACCUCUAGUCUACUGGACUCGGUUUUUUAUUAUUGCCACGGCAUUUUCUCGGCCUCAGAUUGAUGCUAUUGGGACUAAAAUAAGAGACAUGGCUGAGAAUAAGUAUGGAAGAUUUGCUGCUGGGGACUUGAAAUCUUUUGGAAGAGGUCCUGCCGGGGAAUCAAAACCUAAUUCAUGGACGUUGUUGGACUUCGGAGAUGUUGUGGUGCAUAUAUUUCUUCCUCAGCAACGAGCCUUCUACAAUUUGGAAGAGUUCUAUGGUAAUGCAACGGUUAUUGAGCUACCUUUCCAAAGCUAACAACGAUGUUACAGUGAAGAGGCAACCGAUGAUGUUCCCAGGUUACGAAAUGAAUCAGAGAUUCUAAAAAUACCUGGCAAAUCAAGAGGUAGCAUGUCAUCUUUGCAUUGGCUAUUUUGGCUUCACCACAUUCUUGCGGAGCCUUUGGGAAAUUCAAGCCUUUCUGCUACUUCUGUUACUAGUAUUCCUUCAUGUAGAUGAGAUCCUUGGUUCAAGUUGAUUCAAAAUCGGUACCCAGAUAAUUCAAUCCAAGAGAGAAACUAAUUUUUAGA